AUGGCAAACAAAGUGAAAACAUAUUUCCUGGUUCCAGGUUGGGACUUCCCCGCGGACUCGAUACCGUUGGGGGCGGUCAUCGACGACGCUUACCAGCCUCAGCCGACUCUGUUCACUCCCGAGCGCUCAACCAUCGACACCAAGAUCUUCCCCACCGACAAAUUCGACUUUUCGGCGACCAUCAGCGAGGGUCGCAAGGGGGAAUUCGGGCUCUUGGCCAAAUUUCUAUCGGUCUUCGGGCUCGGUGCCGAAGCCAGUCUCAAAUAUGACCGCAAGCACGUCGAGACGUACAGCUUCCAGCACAUGCACACGGAAUGGUUCGAGCCGAGCCGCAAAUUCCUCGAUGCAGCGGUGGCCCAGUCCGAGGUCGCCGCUUUCCUCGAACAGAUGGAUUACGAGCAGCCCGUGUACAUGGUAACUGGCGUCAAGACAGUAAAGGGGGCGGGUGUCACGACGUCAAAGACGCGCGGUCGUGGCUGGAAAGCCUUCUUCGGCGUCGACGGCACGCCUGCUGGUGUGCCCGUUGCAAUUGGUCCGAAAGGGGAAGACGGCUCCACGACUUCGAACGAAGCGACGUUCCAAAAUUCUUCGCACAUUGGCUUCGCAUACCGCCUGAAGAAGAUUACAUGCAGCAGGGACAAGACGGUGGAGAGCACCAAUCACACGGCAGGGGCGCUCUUUGGAACUGAUGGAGAGGUGAAAGAGAUUACUCCGGAAGUGGAUGAGAUCUCGUCCAACGAUGCCCUGAUUGUCUAUGAUGAGGGUGAUGAGGAAGGCUGUCUUUGCGUCGUAUCAGAAGGUCUGGAAGAUUCUGAACCCACCUAA